CCUCGGCGGCGGCGGUUCCGCGCGGCGGAUGCGCGUGCAUGAGCUCUGCACUGAGCGGGCGCAGGAAGCGCCCCCGCCCCGCCGCCUCCAUCUUCCCGGGCAGCGGGACCUCGCCGCGCGGCCGCGAAAGGGAGCGGCGGGGCAGCGGCUCCGACGGCGCCUUCCCGAACCAGCGGGCCCUGGACGACUGCAAGACGCUCGUCCAGGAUUUCAAUACCCAGGUGGCCCUGUACCGAGAGCUGGUGAUUUCCAUUGGGGAUGUCUCUGUCACCUGCCCAUCUCUGCACGCAGAAAUGCACAAAACCCGGACCGAGGGAUGUGAGAUGGCCUAUGAGGCUCACCAGAAGCUAGCGGCAAUUUCUGGCAGCUCUGCCCAAUCCUCAAGGAAUUUCUUUCAUCAGUUAUACGGGAAACCUGUCACAGAUAUAGUGAAUAGAGGAAGACCACUGUAGCUAACAGAUGGAAAAAAACACCGAUCGGUCAUUUCAGUAGAUGCUGAUCUCUUCAGAAGUAAUUUUGUGCAAAGUUUUUUGUGCUGAUAUUACAAGCUCCGAUUUGCUCCUGAAACACAACAGAUGCUUUUAAGUUACUAAAGUCUGGGAGAGUUAAAAAAAAGCCGACAAACUUUGCAGUAACCAGCGCACAGUAACUCAACAACUGUAACACUGAGAACGUGAAAACAAGCAAACAGUAAUGAAAUGGAUUUUGUGUACUUUCAGAGUCAAUAGAGAGAUAAAUAAAACAUACAUUCGAAUAGCAGAACAUAGAUUGUGUUUUUUCUUUUAAUCUUUAUUUGUUAUGUUAAAGAAAAAAGUAAAUGCAGGCUCAUUUUAAAACAGAGAGCUUCUUUAAGUAUCAUUUCAGAGUUGGGAGUCUGUCAUAUACACAAAGAUGUCCUGAAGGUUGUGCAGUUGUUACGAGAAUGACAUUUAGCUAAUCUAAGACUAUUUUAAAUAACUGUGAUAAUAAUGUGAUAUCCAUACCAACAACUGGUAGGUGUUAGAAACCCUCUGGAAAUGACUUGUUCAGUUUGACAGACAUUUUACAAGAUGUGCUUCACAGCCUCACCCUCCUACAGCUGAGGAAAGGCAUAUGAGCCAGCUCCACUUGUGUGGCAUGUCUGUGAGGAAGGACGAGAGGUGAAAGUGCAGCAGGGACUCUGUGCAGAACACAAAUGGAAGGAGUAGUAAAUAGAGGUGCAAUCUGUAAUUCAGAUUGCAGAGCGACGUUGUGCAUAUGACGUAGGAUCUAGAACUUAAUUUAGUGAGAAGAAAAUGUAGUGAGAAGAAAAAUAUUUAAGGACAGGAAUGUAUUAAAUCAGCCACAAUAUCAAGCAGUCAGGAGGGCGGUGUGCUGUUCUGAAGUCACUGAUAGUGAGCAGAUGGGACAAAGGCUCAUUUGGUUUGCUACUUUAAUUUAAAAUGGGCAGCCCUGUGCUCUGCGGACUUUCAGAUAACACAACUGAUUCCAUCUUCCAAAGCUUGUUCAAGAUAGCCAUCUUUGCCUAUUGCUUUCCCAGCCAGAGAUAAUUAUAACAGUUAACUAAUUGUGUUACUGGCUUGAAGAUUUCAUUACAUAUCGGCAUUCAAUCAGUAACAUUCUUUUUGUCCAUUAGUGAUAUGAACUAUUGCAGGGCACAUGAGUUUCUUUCAGUAAGUUGACUUCACUUUAUUAGAUAACAUUAAGGAAAAAAAUGCUGAAGUGGGGAUGGUGCAUUAGGAACUGCGUGGGAUAGAAGUCAAGAGGAAGAAAAAGCUUUGGCUUUGGGUACAUCAGUUCUGGUGUCAAAGAAGGACAGAGGUGUAAUAUGAACAAGAGAAGAUGCCCAUUGUAGCUGUAACAGAUAUAUACACUUAUAUACUGUCAAAGGAAAUUCAGCUAGGCACAUGGAGCAACUGAAAGCUGCACUUACAUUUUAAAAACUAGGAGAAAGGAAAGCAAAGGAGAGGAUGACAAAGGUAAGCAAGUAGCAAGGAAACACAAAACCUUAAUAGACUGGACUGAGUUGGAGCAUAUCAACCAAUGUGGUGCAAAUCUGACAGCAGCCAGUAGCAGAGAUUUAAGGGGAAAAAAAACCAAACCAAACAAACAAAAAAAACCCACAAAAAAGCACAUGUGAAAAGCAGACUGUACAUGGAGCAUUGCUUUCCCUCGUAUACUUGCCACUUCCCAGUCAGGAGUUUAGGCAUCUCGUGAGUCAAAGGUUGCAUCUGAACAAUUAAUACCUGAUCAAUACAAGCUGACAGCAGAUUUCAGAAUUUGUGUACAUAUGAGGAUCUUCUAAUUAGAAAAUGCUGAGGAUGAGUAAUGAUAUCUAUACACUGUGAUGUGUUUAAAAACAUUACGGAUCAAUUAAUUAAGGUUAUCAAGAAAGGAGACUUCAAAUUCCAUCUUUGGCUUCAUAGCCCUCAUCACAUGCUCUUCUUAAACGUGCAUAUAUUUUAAUGGUGAGAGGUCAAAUUUUCCCAAAGAGUUUACCUGAGCUUACCAACAUUAUGACUUUCAUGGAAUAAAGAUUAGAAAUAGAAAUCAAUUGAAUGAAAAUAUUCUAGUUCUGGCUAAUAAUCUUAUAGGAAUUAAAGUUAAAGCUCUUCUCUCAGUACUUUUUCAGGACUUCAGAUCAAUUCUUGCUCAUAGUAUUCCUAAUUCAUAUGAAAAAUUCUUUUUUAUUUUUAAUGAUGCUAUCUUCUGAGGGCUGUGAUCAAGCUC